CAUGAGUAAAACUUGAAGUGUUUUACGUGAGCGCGAGAUGUUGGGAUGCUUGUACUCCCGCAUGAGCGACUGUACGUUAUUAUAAUACUUUACUGCACUGCGGAGGAAUCAUUUAACCCUAAAGCUUGCAAAAGGCACUGCCUUUUUGCUUUGGAAAUUGAGACCAGAUGUGACUAUUUCAUGAACCUGAGCUGUAUGACCAUCCGAGAAUCACCUGUAAUCACUUAUAUUCCUACUUCUGCAUCAUAAUCUCUGGUUGUUCUUCACUUCCCCUGGAUCCAUCCGUGAAUCCCGUCCUGACUACAUAGCCGUACCGUUAUGAAGAUUAUUUCCACUCCCGUGGCAUUGCCCAACUCUCAGUUACUUCAUUGGUGACUGGCUGAAGUAAACACAUUGAGAAGAAGCAGCUUCUUCAGAGGAACUGAGAACAUUUGGAUUGUAGAUCAUUACAAACUGCACUUUUUAAGCAUUUGUGGUGCUUGAUUUGGCCUGCUAUUCGUUUCUCCUUUUGAGAAGUCUUAAUGCAAGUGCAAAUUCAUUGAAUCUUUUGGAGGAAAUGGAGAGUCCUUCCUAUAUUAAAGAACGUUACAAUCACUGUCAAGCAAUUCUUCAGAAACUUUAUGAACAGCGAGCUAUAGGUUUAUUUUGUGAUAUUGCAGUUGUUGUGGAGGGAAAGACUUUUCAUGCUCAUAAAAACAUCUUGUCUGCAUGCAGCAGCUACUUUUAUACAACCCUGAGCAAGAAUAACCAGGAGUGCACAGUUGUUCUGGACACAGUGAGCUUGGAGGGUUUUAGCCAUUUGUUAGAGUAUUUUUAUACUUCUAAGGUCCCAGGUUGUCACAUGAGUGACUUCCUUUCAGCUGCUCAGAGUUUGAAUGUUUGUGUACCAGUAAAGCUUCACAUGGAGAAGAGUGGAAUUAAUGGUAAUGGUCAAAUAUUAGACAAAGAGAUCUGUAAAUUAAGAAAUGUUCUUGUAAGGAACCAAGAAGUGGGUUUAGACUUGGAAAACCUAGAGUUGCUUAAGAGAAUGAAGGAAGAUAAUUCUGUACAGGCGGUGAGUCCACCUUGCAAGACUGAAAUGAAUAAUGAAUCAGUUGUUAACAAAAAGGUUCACAGACCAUGCUUGGCCAAAAUCAAAACUCGAUUGCAGACUGCCAGAUUAGCUAGAACAAUUGCUUCUAACAGAAAAUCAAGAUGUCCAAAGACCGGACUAAUUCAUGCGAAUGGCAGGAAAGAGAAUCAAGAUAUUAUUGCCAAAUCAGAGAAUUGUAAAGUUUCAUGUCAGUGGACCAAAGUGAGAAUAAGUGAAUCCCAGAAAAAGGCUGUGCCUGAAAUUCUAAAUAUUGCUGUGGAGGAGAGAAACUCAAACAGUGGUGUUCAUGGUAGUGUCAAAAAUAGCACCAGUGUUUUGCCAUCUUUGAAUGUGGAAUCUUCGUUAGUGACACAUUGCGGAAGACCAAAACGAUCAAAGGAGAAACAACAGAAGGACUCUGUACUAAUAACCAAGGACCUUUCAGAAGAUGGAGAUGACAUUCUGGAAAGGAAACGACUGAGAUGUGAAGGUUGUAAGAAGCUGCUGCCAUAUACACGCUACCUCUCUCAUCAGGUUUCUGCUGGUGGGGAAUUGUUCAGCUGUGAUGUGUGUGUGAAAUUGUUCAGUUACAGCUGUCAGCUUAGCCAACACCAGAAAACCCAUCACAGCAAGAAAUUAUAUCAGUGUGACCAGUGUGGGAAACAACUCAAGUCCAUGGAAAAGCUGCGUGACCACGUGGCAUACCAUGGGGAUGCCAGGCCCCAUCAGUGUAGCCUGUGUGACAAGGCAUAUAAAGUGAAAAAUGACCUAACUCAGCACAUCCGUGUGAAGCAUAUGGAAGCAUCAAAAGGAAAACCACCCCUGGUGCAGCUCUGUGAAUUCUGCGGUCAGGCUGUGAAACACUACAAGAGCCACAAGAUUUUCUGCAGUGGCAUUAAGAAGUUCCAGUGCAAGUUCUGUCUACAGGCAUUUUAUCGCUUGUCAGAGCUGAAGAGGCAUACGUGGACCCACACAGGGGAGCUGCCUUAUCAGUGCCGUGUCUGUGGAAAGCGGUGCCGUCAUCCAAGUAACCUCAAGAAGCACAUUAGAACAGUUCACAAAGAGGAAAUCCGAGUGCAGAUCGACAAGGAACAUGCUUCCCCAAAGCUUCUAAAGGACUUUCUACCUCGAGAGAUGGAGAGUGAUUGCACAGUCAUGGAGAGCGGUAACUUCGUGGAAAUGACUGAUAUUCAGUUGAGUGGAUCAACUGAUUCUACGAUACCCUCUUUUGCAAAUGCUGUAACAAUCUCUGAUGCAGUCUCUAGCAUGCCGCAUGUGCUCUGCACUGCUCCUGAUGAUUGUAAUGCUAUCAUCCCACCUAUAUACACAACUGUCUCCACGGCUUUAGAAAGACACCAUGAUAAGAUGAUUAGUCCACUUCCGUCUUUCAAGUCCCUCCUUACCAGCCCCCAUGUGGAUAUGUUCCAGAAUUCCUUUCACCAAGCAACAACCUUAGACCAGAAGCUACAGUAACUUUGGAGAUUUGAAUGAUGAACUGAGGGAAACACAAUACACAAGAUGAAAUUAUCCACCAGCCUACACUUAAUAUAUUCUUCCUUUGAUUUAUGCAAAACUGUGGCCUGCAAAUUGAUGGAACAACUGAAGUUUUUUGCAGUCCUACUUACAAGUUAUGCUACCACAUUAUAUUUUUCUGUAUUAAAUAUUUGUAUUGCCAAUACCUUGUUAAGAUAUUUUUCCUCCACUUAGAUCUUAAUUUUGUUAAAUUGCUGUAAAAGAUCUCUGUUCUAACAGGAGAUGGAGAAGUGAUUUAGCUUCAUCAACUUUGCUUCCUGAUUCUGUUCCCCUAUUAAGGUGUGGAAGACUGGUAAAUUAUUGUUGUUUCAAUUGAAUAGAUUGUAGUAGUCUCCACUGUAAGAUUCAACAAAGAUCCAUCACUUUAUUCCUGAAAACACGCUGAAAGCAGGUGAAUUAUGAUUUCUCAGGAAUCUGUCCAUGUAUUAAGAGCUAUAAUACUGUGGUUAUUUUGUUUGCUAUCCGUUCGGGAGGUGAUGGCCUAGUGGUGGUAUUGCUGGACUGUUAAUCCAGAGACCCAGGCAAUGUUCUGGGGACCCAGGUUUGAAUCCUGCCAUGACAGAGGGUGGAACUUGAAUUCAAUAAAAAUCUGGAAUUAGGAGUCUCCUGAUGACCAUGAAACCAUAAUUGACUGUUGAACAAACCGAUCUGGUUCACGAAUGUCCUUUUAGGGAAGGAAAUUGCCACCCAUACCUGGUCUGGCCUACAUGACUCCAGACCCACAGCAAUGUGAUGACUCUUGACUGCCCUCGGGGCAAUUAGGGAUGGGUAAUAAAUGUUGGCCUUGCUGGCGAUGCCCUCAUCCCAUCAAUGAAUAAAAAAAAUGUCAUCAGCUCCUAUAAUGAACCAGGGAUAUUUCAAGCUGGGCAUAAUUGGUGUUUUUGAUAUUUUUCAUGGGAUGUGGGCAUCAUUAGUUGUUGAUUCUAAAUUGUCCUGAGGGCAGUUGCUGUGAUUCUGAAUCACAUGUAGGCAAAACCAGGUAAGGAUGGCAGGUACAGACACUGUCGAAAUUGGAUAUUUUUCUUCCCCAAGUUAGAUUUUAAAAUGCUUCUUCGAAUGGUAGCAAUUGUAUUGAUAUGCAGUGACUCUUUGCUGUAUAGUGAGGGAGAUACAGUAUACACAUGUCCAAUUGUAGUCUGAGUUUUUUUAAGUGUAAUUUUCUUUUUAGAACUCGCUGCUAGUUCUUCAGAUGCUGGUUGAACUAGGAUAUACUGCCCACUCCUAAUGCCCUGGAUAAAGUGGUGAGGAACUGCCUUCUUGAACUGCAGCAGUCUGUGUGAUGUAGGGAUACCAAGGAGAGGGCUGCUGUGAUGUCUUGUGGCUGAGCUAAUUGACCUCAAAGAACUAUAAUCAUCUUUGUUUGUGGUAGGAAUGACUCUGACCAGCAGAGUUUUUCUGCUAAUUCCCGUUGAAUCUAGUUUUGCUAGGGCUCCUUAAUGCCAUGUGUGUUCAAGUGUUGCCUUGAUGUCAAGGUCAGACAAUCUUGCCUUACUUCUGGAGUCUCAGUUUUUCAUGUCUGGACCAAGGCUGCUAUGAGGUCAGGAGCUGAGUGGCCUGUGUGGAAUCCAAACUGAGCACCAUUGAGUGACCUGCGCAUCUGUGCAAGUGUCACUUGAUAGCACUGUUGUCAAACCCAUCUCUCACUUUGAUGAUUGAGUGUUGAUUGACAGGUAGCAAUUGACCAGGUUGGAUUUGUCCUACUUUUUAAUGGACAUUGAUUUCUGGGCAAUUUUCCACAUUGCCACAUAGAUGUCAGCAGUACUGGAACAGCUUAGCUAGGAGCACAGCCAGUUCUAGGAUACAGGUCUUCCUCUACUAUUGCUGGAAUAUUGUCAGGCAGGGCCCAUAUGCUUUGCAGUAUCCUGAGCCUUCAGCCAUUUUUUUGAUGUUACAUGGAGUGAAUCUAAUUGGUUGAAGACUUAAUGUUGUGAUGCUGAAAACUUCAGUUUUAGCUUUGUCUGGGCUUCCCUCAUCACUAAAGACACGUCGUCUAUUUUGUUUAACUGUCCACUGCCCUUUAUGACUGGAUGUGGCAGGGUUGCAGAGUCUAGCUGUGAUCCAUUGGUUAUUAGAUCAUUUAGCCCUGUCUUAUUUUCUCGCUGCUUCCUUUGCUUGAUGUGCAAGUAGUCCUGCAUUAUAGAUUCACUAGGUUAGUGCAUCAUUUUCAGGCAUGCCUGAUGUUGUUCCUGGCAUGCUCUGUGUGUUUUAUUGAACCAUGGUAGAGUGUGGGUUAGAUUAGGCCCAUGAGAUUAUGGAUUAUUAUUGAAUACAAUUCUCCUGCUGCUAAUGUCACAAUACCUCAUGGAUGACCACUUUUUUGAGUUGCUAGAUCUGUUCGAAGUCUGUUCUAUUUUGCAUGGAUGUUAUCCUCAUUGUGAAGAUGGGACUUUAAGUCCACAGUAACUGUGUGAUGGUCAUUCCUACCGACGUUGCCAUGGACAGAUGUUUUUCCCUCUUUGCUUGCUGCACAACCUGCCACAGAGCUGCUGGAGGAACUGUACUUGGCCAGCUCACUAAGUCGUGGUGUAACUUAGCCACUUUUAUUGAAGGACUUUGAAGUUUCCCACUCGGAGUACAUUCUGUAGCCUUGUCACCCCAGUAGAUCCUACAAGUGGCGCUCCAUAUGGAGGAGCACUGAUUCAUAAACUGAGGACAGGUGUUACAUGGUAAUCAACAGGAGGUUUCCUUGCCCAUGUUUGACAUGAUGCCAUGCGAUUUCUUGGGUUCUGAGUCAGAGUUGAGGUCUUCCAGGGCAACUCCUCUGACUGCAUACCACUGUGCUACCAUCUCUACUGGGUCUGUCAUGCCAAGUGUGCCAAGUGAACUUUAAGGUAUGAGUCCAUGAGUAUGAUUGUCACAUGUUAUUUGACUAGUCUGUAAGACAGCUGUCCCACUUUUGGCACUAGAUCCAGAUAUCUGUAAGGGGUUCUUUACCGGCUUGACAGGGUUGAGUUUGCUGCUGUUGUUUGUGUUAUGUAGGUCAAUGUCAGAUGGUCCAUCCAAUUUCAUUCCUUUUAUUUGAUGCAACUGAAUGGCAUUUGGGCUAUUUCAGAGGGCACUUUAAAAAUCAACCUUGUUUCCCUGGGUCUGGAGUAAUAUGUAUACCACACCAGGUAGGAUGGGCAUAUUUGCUUCCUUAAAGGGCAUUAGUGAACCAAUUGGAAUUUUAUAACAAUUGUCUGGCUGUUGAUACCUGAUUUUUGUUUUAAUUGAAUUCAAAGUUCACCAUCGGAUGGCAGAGUGGCUCAGUGGUUAGCACUACUGCCUCACAUCGCCAGGGACCCAGGUGUGAUUCCAUCCUCUGCUGACUGUAUGGAGUUUGCACGUUCUCUCCAUGUCUGCUUAGGUUUCCUUCCACAGUCUAAAUAUGUGCAAGUUAGGUGGAUUGGCCAUGUUAAAUUGCCCAUAAUAUCCAGGGAUAUGUAUGUAGGUGGAUUUUCCCUGGGAAAUGCAGGGGUACAGGGCUAAGGUAGGAGAAUGUGUCUGGGUGGGAUGAUUUACGGAGGGUUGGUGUGCACUCGAUGGGCCAAAUGUCCUGCUUCCACACGGUAGGAAUUCAAUCUUCUGUGGUCACAUUUUGACCAAUGUCCCCAGAGCAUUGCCGAGGGACUCUGGAUUACUAGACCUGUGGCACUGCCACUACACCACUGCUUUUUCAGCAUAUUCACACUGUAGAAACAAAAUGGUAUAAUUGUUUUUAUGAAGUUAGCCUAGUCAUGGUCUUUGAGAGGCUGGUUACAUUAUUACAAUAGGUAUACUCCUUCAUGGGCUAUACUGCCAGAUUAUUGGAAUGUUAAAGACAUAGUUUUCAAAAAAUAAAAUAUUUACAUUUUAGUAAAAUCUCGAUUGUAAUGAAGGCUUAUUUUUUAACAGUAAUUUGAAUUUCUAUAUCACCACUAAUGUAAUCAAAUGUUCCAUGGCACUUCAAGGGUUUUAUUAAACAAACUUCUAACUUAUUUCUUCAUUUUUCUACUUUUUAACCUAAGAUUUUGUACCUAGGUACGUUGUAGCUAAGGUGGUGUCAUGAAUGGCAAUAUUGUAAGCUUUUCACUGUACUCCCGUAUCCCUGUACUUGAGUACAUGUGACAAUAAAACCUAAUUCUAAUUCAAAGUUUGACAUGUCCGAAGAUGAUAGACUGUGUAUGUCUCUUUUGUAUUGGACAUUAUCUGCUGUGGUUGUAGAGGCC